AUCCAUUUUUACAUUAGUCAAAGGCCAUUGUUGUUAAACUUGAUGAGAAAAUUCACCAAAGAAAGAAAUUUGGUGAAACCGGCCAAGACAAGAUUUGCAACGGCAUUCUUAACUUUGAGAGCUAUGUACAUACAAAGAAAAAACUCGAGAACUUUAGUCCUCUCAACCGAAUGGAAUUCAAGUAAAUUUGCAAAGGAAACUUUGGGAAAAGAAGUUGCCAAUCUUAUUAUUUCUGUCCACUUUUGAAAUGAUGUUGUUCGGGCACUUAUAAUUUGUGGCCCUUUGACAAAAGUGCUUCGUUUGGUGGAUGGGGAGAAAAAACCACCAAUGAGUUAUAUUUAUGAAGCAAUGGAUAGAGCCAAAGAAGCUAUUGCACAUGGUUUUCGUGGAGUUAAGAAGCAAUAUAAGAAAGUGUAUGAAAUUAUUGAUGCAAGGUGGUCAGAACAACUCCAUCGGCCUUUGCAUGCUGCAGGCCAUGUUUUGAACCCACAAUUAUAUUAUAAAGCUCAAGAAGAGGGAACUUUAGCAAAGACUCUGUGGACCGAGUAUAUUGUAUGUGUUGAGAAGUUGGUCCAUGAUACAACAAUACAAGAUGCACUAGUCGCUGAGCUUCCUAAGUACAAAAUGGCGGAUGGACUAUUUGGUUGUGGUCCGGCUAAAAGAGCUAGAGACACAAGGUCACCGGUGAAACACCAAACUUGCAAAAGUUUGCCAUGAAAGUAUUAAGCCUAACUUGUAGCUCAUCCGGAUGUGAGCGAAAU